AUGAACGUCGACGAACCUGCCGUGCCCUCGGGCGCGCAGCCCUACAGCGCGAGGAACCGCGUGCCCAAUGUCCAGGAAUUCAUGCAACGUCUCGAUGCCGACAAGAAAAAGCGAGACGCCGAGAUAGACGCCGACCUCAAGCGUAACAAGCGGAACCCGGACGUCAAGACGCAUCGCAAUGAGCUGAGCAAGCAGAAGGGAACACGCACGGUGCGCGAUCCCGUCACUGGAAAGGAUGUUGAGAUUCGUGAUGCGGACAUGGACUUUACCGAAGCCGUGGAAAACCCUCAGUUGUCCAUUCCCAACGGAAAUCUGGGAAAGCCUGCUACAAUCGCCGCCUCAUCUCAGCAGUCUGGCGAAGAGUACCGCCAUGCUCAAGAUGUGACUGCGCCUCCGGAUCCUAUUCAAGAAGGUUCAACAUCGGAUGUGCCUAUUCGCAGCGAAAAGACGUCUGUCCUGUUCUACAAGACGCCCUCGGUCAGCUACGAGCCCAUGUUUGCCAAUCUCGAGCUGCGCUCAAACCUGCUAUGCGCCGGAAUCUUCAUGGGCAUCGUCUUCUUUGGCCGACUGUUUGGUGGCCGGAUGCUUGGCCUGAUACCCCUGGCCAUCUGCGUUACUUCGGGCGUCCAUCUGUGGGUGAAGGAGCUGAUCCGCCAGGGACGCGAUAUGGAGUGGGCUAGCGAGCAAGAUCGUGGCGAGACCGCCACCGUCAACUUGAUCCCCGAAUCUGUCGAGUGGAUGAAUACCGCAAUCGGCGUCUUUUGGGGCAUGAUUAAUCCUGAAAUGUUUGCCGGCGUUGCAGAUACCAUAGAAGAUGUCAUGGCCGCUUCCGUUCCAGGAAUCAUCGAGCACGUACGAGUGGCCGACAUUUCCCAGGGAAACAAUCCUAUCCGCAUUCUCAACAUGAGGGCUCUUCCCGACUCCCAUGUUCAAGAUAUCAAGGACGAGAUUCACAAGGAGAACGAAGAGAAAAUGGACGAAGAUGAACUCGCGGCCGUGUCACAGGCUGGAGCCUUCUAUAAUAUGGAGGUUUCCGUUGCCUAUCAUGCCAAGCCAUCGGGGACUGAUGUCUCCUCCAAGGCCAGGAACAUGGGCAUGCAGAUUGUCUUUUACCUGGGACUCAAAGGCCUCUUUGGCGUCCCUCUUCCGAUCUGGGUUGAACUGGUUGGCCUUGUUGCGACCGCGCGUGUCCGCCUGCAGUUGAGCCCUGAGCCACCGUUCCUCAAGACGAUGACCAUAACCUUGAUGGGCGUUCCCAAGGUCCAAGCUGGUUGUACUCCCAUGGUCGAAAAAGGCGUCAAUAUCUUGAACCUGCCUCUCAUCUCCAACUUUGUCAACUGGGCCAUCAGUGCUGCGGCUUCCAUGUACGUUGCGCCCAAGAGCUUGACCCUGGACAUUAGCAAAAUGCUCUCGGGAGAUGAUAUCAAGAAGGAUACCGAGGCGCUUGGAGUCCUCUUCCUCAGAAUUCACAAGGCCACGGGCCUCAGCAAACAGGAUCAGCGUGGCAGCAAGGGUGGCGGCUCCGAUCCAUACAUCACCAUCAGCUGGAGCAAGUUUGGCAAGCCCAUGUUCUGUACCCGCGUCGUUCAAGACAACCUCAACCCCAUCUUCGAAGAGGCCUGUGGCCUCCUCGUCACCAGCGACCUGAUCAAGGCCGACGAACAGCUCUCGGUGGAGCUGUGGGACAGCGACCGAUCGUCUGCAGACGACGAGGUGGGCAAGAUUGAGCUGAGCAUCCAAGAGCUCAUCCAGCACCCUGGCAAAAUGUUCCAAUAUGUGUCGACUCUCAAGGGCCUCAAAGCUGAGAGCACCAUGCCUGGCGAGCUCCACUGGGAAGUCGGAUUCUUCGGAAAGACGCAGUUCCGCAAAGCGCUGCGCACCGAUGGUCACAACCCCAAUGUGGUCAAGGAACUGGGCGACAAGCCAGAGUUCCAACCAGACGUGGGCACGAUCCAGAAUGCCGAGGAAGAUGCCGUCGUCCAUACUCCGCCAGACCCUCUUUGGCCUUCUGGCAUCCUCAGCGUCGUGGUUCACCAGAUUGUGGGCCUGGAGCUGGCCAACGUCAAAGGCUCCCAGGGGAACCGCAAGGGCAGGGAGUAUGAGCCAGCGAGACCAGAGGCUGGCGAAGUCAAGGAAGAGCAGAGCAAGAAGCUGCCAAGCUCUUACUGCACCAUUCUCGUCAACGAUGACCUGGUGUACAAGACGCGAACCAAGGUCGUGUCAUCGCAACCCAUCUUCAACGCUGGGACCGAAAAGUUUGUCCGUGAUUGGCGCUCCUGCAUCGUCACUGUUGCGGUUCGUGACUCCCGUAACAGAGAGCAUGACCCCAUCAUCGGCGUUGUUCCCCUCAAGCUGUCGGACAUCAUGCAGACUAGUAGCCAGGUGACCCGAUGGUAUCCUCUUGAUGGUGGCAUUGGCUUCGGCCGUAUCCGCAUCUCUCUUCUCUUCAGGUCUGUUGAACUCAGGCUACCACCUUCGCAACUGGGCUGGGACAUUGGAACCUUUGAGUUCUUGUCAGACACAAUCACGGUCACCAACUACGCACCAGCAAACAAAGUCCGAAUCCGACUGCGAACAGGAGGCUCUUCUGCUAAUGUCAAGAGGGAUCGGUCUUCUCGCGAGGGCGACGGCAUGAAGUUUGAUAUCAGCGCCCCCGAGGGCGAGAAGAAGCUUCGUCUGCCGGUGCGGUUCAGAUACAAGUCUCCGAUCUUUAUGGAGUUUCAUCCCGCUGGCAAACGGGGAGCCGAUGCGUUUGCUGCUCUGUGGCUACUGGAGCUGGUGGACAAUGAGGAGAAGGACUUUGACAUUCCUUUGUGGAAAUGCGACAACCCCCUGCGCCUAUCGCAGAACUAUAUCACGCAGGAGAACUACACUACCGUUCCUGACUUGAACAUACAAGAAAUUGGACGCGUUCGCUUUAGGGGUCGAUUCUCUGCCGGCACUGACCUGGAUCACUUCAGAUUCGUCUCCGACAACGAUACUCGCGAAACGAUUGAGACUUGGGAAGCUUGCUACGCCGAGGGCGUGCGCCAGCUCGAAGUGCAGCCCGAAGUCCCUCCAUUGACGCAGAAGCUCCACGACGAAUCUCUGACGCAGGGCAGAGAUGUGCUUGCUCAAGCCGAUGACAAGGAAAAAGCCCGCUGGCUUUCCAAGGAUGGUACCGACUGGUCCGGAGCGUUUGGCCAAGAUCCGGCGAGUGCGAUGAACAGGCCCAUGUCCAGCGCUGAUACUGAAGGGCAUGAGCAUUUCGAGAUAGACACGGAUGAGGACGACGAAGACGAUGAUGAAGACGCCCCCCAUGUGGAUGGAAUGCGCAGAGCUGAGACUGAUCCGACCUAUGGCUCCGCGCCAUCCGACGGAAACGACGAGCGCUAUUCCUUGGACAGCCGUGCAUCCAACGCAUCAAGGAACAGCACCGCCAGCACUGGAAGCAAGAACCCGAUCCGAGCGUACAAGAACUACAAGGAGAAGAGCCGGGAUCUGCACCGCAAGCACCGCGGGUUGAUGCAGUGGCUGCCCAUGCGCAAUGCGCAGUUUGCCAAGAAUGAGGCCAAGUUUGCGGUCCGCAAGGUGAAGAAGAUGGGGUCCCUGAACGGACGGAAGCCGGACGUGGAAUCGGAGAUUUGAUCG